AUGAGUGGUGAAGUUGCUAGAGUUUACCGUGACCUUGUCAAAGCAGUGGUGAAACAUGUUGGAAAGGAAGAUCACAAGCUUCAUUUCACAGAUUUUGUAAACAUUCACGCCCACAAGGAUCUGCUCUUCUCAUACAACAUUGCGGUUGAUAGAACCGAAGAAAUGAAAAGAGUGCUUGGGAAAUCUGCAGCUAGUGUAGGGAUUCGUCUUCCCGAGGUUUACCAACCUUGA